AUGGAUGACAACUCUUCAUCUGAUGAAGAAGGAGGAAGAAUUCGAUUUGACAUUACGCAAGACGAUCUCGAUGCUGAAGUCUCUGGGUUUUCUGGGUUUCAACGACAACGAUUCCGUAACAGCCAUGACAGCAGUAGUGAAGAAGAAGAUCGCCAAGAAGGACUAAGUGGAUUGGGCCUUGCACCUUCUUUUCAGACUGCUAAACAAACACCUGUCAAAGACCCUGUGAAAGAAAAAGUACGUGCACGUCAAACAGGAUCCCCUUCGCCUGGACCUGGAUUUGCUGAAUUCAAUAAACAUUCCAAAGGGUUUGGUCAGAAAAUGCUGGAAAAGAUGGGUUGGAAUCGUGGUCAAGGUCUAGGUGCUGAUGGUUCUGGUAUUGUUAAUCCUGUGGAUAUCAAGCAACGUCCUGCUCGUAUGGGCCUAAGUUUUAAAGGAUUUGAUGAACGUACAGAUCAAGCCAAGCAAGAAGCUAAAUUGCGCCGAGGAGAAGAACCAGGAGAAGAUGAAAAACCAAAGCCAAGUAAACGAGAUGCAUGGAAAUCAACAGCACCAUCAGAAAAAAAGACACGCAAACCAAAAACAAUCUACAAGACUGCAGCCGAUAUUCUGGCAGAAGCAGAAGAGAGUAUCGCUUUACCCCAACGCGUGAUUGACAUGACAGGCCCUGGUAUUCGAGAGAUCAAUCUAGCAGACAUCAAACGAACUGAUUCACCUACUCUGAUGGAAGUAACAACACGCUUACCUGAAUUAAGACAUAAUUUAAGCUUAAUUGUUGAUUUAGCCCGUAUGGAUCUAGAGAACUUGUCUCGAGAGAAACAGACAACAGCCUUUCGGAUGAAAUCACUCCAGACUGAAUUAGAUACCAUCCAGCAUAAUCUGGAGAAAGAACAACAACAAUUGGCUAAAAUAGAACAACUCAAGACAAUAGCUCAACGAUUAGAACAGAUCAGUAAAGAUGGACUCGCCACAGGUGCUUUUAAAAAGGGCAAUAUGACAUCUCUCUUUGGCGAGCAGUUUGAUAUACUCUCAAGGGAU